GUAAGCAAGACUCCAAGCUUGCCACCAAACAAGAAAAGGUCGCAAAUAGGAAAGGGAUCAUUCUCAACAACCUCUAAAUCACAUCUCACAGAAUGAAGGAGCUCGAGCCAUCAACAAACGAACGCGAGUUUCUCUUGGCAGCACUCAGACAGAGCGCACGCAUCGAUGGCCGCAACUUUUAUGACUUCAGGACACUGCGACUCUCCUUCGGCGCAGACUAUGGCGCUGUCGAGGUGCAGCUGGGUAACACCAGGGUUAUGGCAAAAGUGUCCUGUGAGGUGAUCAGGCCAUUCCAGGAUAAGCCCACAGAGGGCUUUCUUAUGUUCAACACAGAGCUCUCGCCCAUGGCAUCAUCUGCGUUUGAGAUCGGAAGACAAACGGACGAAGAAGUCCUUGUGAGUCGGCUAAUCGAAAAGGCGAUGAGGAGAAGCAGAGCUCUGGACACAGAAGGACUCUGCAUUGUUGCAGGAGAGAAGGUUUGGUCCAUUCGCGUCGAUAUUCACUUCUUGGAUCACGACGGAAACUUGGUCGAUGCUGCCUGUAUUGCAGCAAUCACUGCAUUGCUUCACUUCAGGAGGCCUGAUGUAACAGUAGUCGGCGAGGAAGUUACUAUUCACACUCUGGAGCAACGGAACCCUGUUCCCCUGAGCGUUCACCAUAUUCCGAUCUGUAUCACAUUCGCAUUCUUCGACAACGGUGAACGUGUGAUUGUGGAUCCCACACAUCUGGAGGAGCAGAUCAAGGAGGGCGACAUGACUUUCACGUUGAAUGUGCACAAAGAAGUAUGCGCGCUGUCAAAGGCCGGUGGUAUCGCUAUGGAAAUGGAUCAGAUUCUUCAGUGUUCAAAGAUCGCUGUUGUCAAGGUUACUGAGAUCACUGCUCAGAUCCAAGCAGCAUUAGAUGCUGACGCCAAGAAGAGGCAAAUCUCUAGGAAAUAAGUUGAGAACCGCAUAUCCUGUAAAGCAUACACCAUCCAAGAACAGCAUCUGAACAAAUAAAAAGAAGUAUGUCAACGACAAUUGAACCAGCUGAGCCAAAUGAACGUAUGGUGUGUGCCUGACUUCCUACCAUGGGCCGUUGACGUCAAGUCCGCCAGGCCAGACAAAGGGGGAUAGAAUCUCCCUUUCCAG